AUGCCUCCUCGUCGUUCACAGCGAUCCAAGCGGCCAUCUGCUCAGGCCUUGGAGGCUCUGGUCUCCUCCCCUCUGCAGCGUGUCAGGAGACAGAGCUUGGUUGUCGAUGGCAGCUCGUCAUCCUCAACCCAGCAACCCUCCCUUCUGCAUGAAUCCUUGAUAGCACAACCUGUGUCACGACCAGCAACCUUGUUCCCUGUGCAAUCUCCGCAACCUCCUACAGCACCAGCAACAGACCAGCCCGCCGUUUUAACUUCACCUGUAAUGGAUCAGCUGUUGUCGCGGGUAACAGAUGAAGUGACCAAGCGGUUGCAGCCAUUGCUUUCCAAUUUAAGCUCAAUAGCCCAACAAGCACAAAGUCCCCCCUCCACAUCAUCUCAAGCACCUGCCGUGUCAUUCCCUGUGCAACAGUCCACACCUUUACAGUCUUCUGGAUCCAACAUCCAACAAGUCCAAGGACAUGCUGCCAUCCAAGAUACAGUCGAGGUACCAGCUGUUCACGAUGGCGUCCAG